AUGAGGAAGAUGUUUGAGGACUGCAACAGAGUGCACGAUGUGCUAGAGACAUGGUGCAUGAUCUUCAACGAGCACAAUAAAAUAAAACUAAAAGGUGGGAAUAAUUUUGGGUGGGCGGAGUACAAUGAUAUUUCUGGUUCAAGAAGAGAAGCAGAAAUUCUAGAGAAGGACACGUCGCGAGUGCAGGAGCGUGGGCAUAAAGUCGUUGACAGUGGAAAACAAACUCUCACACUCUUCCUUCUGCGUUUUCUUCUGCAACAUUCCAAUCCAAUCCGUAACAACUAA